AUGAAGUGCUCAUACGUCCUCCUGGCUACCGCCGGCCUUGCCGUGGCCCAACAAAAGUUCACAGACGUCGUCCCCAAGUGCUCCAUCGAGUGCCUCACAAAGGCCGUAAAGGACGGCACCAAGUGCAGCAGCAUUGACGACUCUGCCUGCAUCUGCGAGGCGGACAAUUACCGCAGCAUCUACACCGUCGGCGUCAACUGCGUCCUUCAAGCCUGCGGCUCUGACGUUGCUAUUGGUCAGCUCCUCCCCGCCGCCGGCAAGUUCUGCCGCGAGGUCACCGGCGGCGCCUCCGCUCCUCCCGUCGACUCUGCCUCCGCCUCCGCCUCCGCCGUCAUUUCUUCUGCCAUCGCAUCUCUGUCAUCUGCCGCCGCUUCUGCAUCGACCGCUGCUUCUAACGCGACUGCCUCUGUCUCGAUCACCGCCACACCGACUGCCGGCGCUAGCAGCACGGCUGCCGCGGCUACCACUGCUUCUCAGGCUGGUGCUGCUCCUGCUUUGGCUUCUAUGGGUACCCUUGGCAUGCUUGCUCUGGGUGGUCUUGCUGCUUUCUAG